AUGGACUUCAACGGCACAUGGAAGAUUUAUUCUGAUGAGAACCUUGACGAGUUCCUCAAAGCUAUAGCUGCACCUGAAAUGGUGGUUAAAAUGAUGAAGGACGUCAAACCAUUGACAGAGAUAGAGCAGAAUGGCCAAGACUUCACCGUUAAAGUGAAGACUCUCCUGUGCACCCAUGUCAACUCAUUCAGCAUAGGACGAGAGGCAGAAAUCACUGCCAUGGAUGGGAGAAAGAUUAAGUGCACCAUAAAAGGGGAAAAUGGGAAGCUUUUCGUUGAAACAGAGAAGUUCACCUCUGUCCGAGAAAUCCAAGGAGAUGAGAUGAUUGAGACAAUCACUGCUGGCUCUGUAACCCUCAUCAGGAGAAGCAAACGAGUGUAAUCAGCACCAAGCAUCAGCACGGAUUCUCGGACAAGUCUUUCUCUUAUUAAGACUUCACAUGUUCACUUGUGACCUACUACUACUACUUUCGGCUGCUCCCGCUAGGGGUCGCCACAGCGGAUCAUCCGUUUCCAUCUCUUCCUGUCCUCUGCAUCUUCCUCUGUCACACCAGCCAACUGCAUGCCCUCUCUCCCCACAUCCAUAAACCUCCUCUCUGGCCUUCUUCCUCUUUUCCUCUUGCCUGGCAGCUCCAUAUUCAGCAUCCUUCUCCCAAUAUACCCAGCAUCUCUCCUCCACACAUGUCCAAGCCAUCCCAAUCUUGCCUCUCUUGCUUUGUCUCCAAACCUGAGCUGUC